CACUUAACUCCAGCGCUCGAAGCGUGGGCUCUCAAGUUGUCAGAACUGCCCGCUGAAACCUUUUGACUCCUAGUAAAGUGUAACUUUGUAAGUAAUAAAAACUAGAUUAUUGAAAGGAAGUGUUCCAGCGCAGCCUUGAGAGCACCGUGAGAGAGAGAGCAACUCCUUCCAGGACUGCUGGAAACCCUACUCCUCUGUGGGAUUGUGCCAUCAGCAUGAUGGAGAAAGCUGAACUGGACUGCGACGAGGACAGAGCCUGGCUCGGAGAGGGCCAGUCCGAAACGCAGCUCACAACGUUGUCCGGUUCUGAUGGGGUCCAAGACAAUGACGAGGACAGGCCUGCGUGGGAUUCUAAGAUUCAGUAUGUGUUGGCUCAAGUGGGCUUCAGUGUGGGCUUGGGGAACGUGUGGAGGUUUCCAUACCUUUGCCACCAAAAUGGAGGAGGAGCCUUCAUGCUCCUCUAUGUUUUUCUUCUGGUGAUUGUGGGAGUCCCACUGUUUUUUAUGGAGCUGGCAGCAGGCCAGAGCAUUCGACAGGGCAGCAUAGGCGUAUGGAAACACAUCUCCCCAAAACUGGCGGGGAUCGGCUACUCCAGCUGCAUUGUUUGUUUUUAUGUGGCUCUUUACUACAAUGUCAUCAUUGCAUGGAGCCUCUUCUACUUGGGUAACUCCUUUCAGUAUCCUCUGGCAUGGGAACAGUGUCCAUCCGAUGUCGGCACCAAUGAUACAGGUACUUUUAUAAUAGAGAAGUUAAAAAAAAGAAAAAACAAAAGCCAGACCGUUGCCUACAGUGUUGUCUGUCUUCAAUCAACAGCAAAGGAAUGUUCGAGUAGCUCCCCAACGUCAUAUUUCUGGUUUCGGAGAGCUCUUAACAUCACAAAUUCUAUAGAGGAAUCUGGAGAGUUCAACCCCAUCAUGACGGGUUGUUUAUUGGCCGCUUGGGCAAUUGUGUCGCUGGCUAUGAUCAAGGGCAUCAAGUCCUCUGCAAAGGUGAUGUACUUUUCCUCAGUUUUUCCCUAUGUGGUGCUCUUCAUUUUCCUCAUCAGAGGGUUGUUAUUGGAUGGUGCCAUGGAAGGGAUCACCUACAUGUUUUAUCCGAGACUGGAGAUCUGGGGUCAUGUUCAGGUUUGGCGUCAGGCAGCCACUCAGGUGUUUUUCGCUCUGGGUCUGGGCUACGGCUCCGUUAUCGCUUACUCCUCCUACAAUCCAGUGCACAACAACUGCCACAGAGAUGCGCUAAUGGUCUCCUGCAUCAACUUUAUGACGUCUGUGCUGGCCUCACUAGUGGUUUUUGUCGUGCUGGGUUUCCGUGCCAAGAACAUCGCACUGCGCUGCGUGGCUGAAAAUCUUGCUGUCUUAAACCUCAAGGCAACAGAUGGAUCCAGCCAGCACUGGUGGCCUUGGUUCAACAUGACAGACCCAACAUCUGUCUCCAUUCCUGACUACAGAGAGUGGUACCAUCACUUCAGCCCCAUGGUGGGCCCUGAAAUCACUGACUGCAGUUUGGAGGAGGAGAUGAACAAGGGUGUUGAAGGGACGGGCCUGGCGUUCAUAGCAUUCACUGAGGUGAUGGCCCUCUUCCCAGCCAGCCCCUUCUGGUCCGUGCUGUUCUUCCUCAUGCUGCUUAACCUGGGCCUCAGCACCAUGUUUGGGACCAUGCAGGGAAUCCUCACACCUCUCAUGGACAAUUUCAGCCUCUUGGGACGCCACCGAACCAUACUCACCGUGUCCAGCUGUGUUUUGGGAUUCAUAAUUGGAUUAUUGUUCACCCAGCGCUCUGGGAACUAUUUUGUGGCUAUGUUUGAUGACUACUCUGCAACCCUACCGUUAGUCAUAGUUGUCAUUUUUGAAACCUUCAGCGUGUCAUGGGUUUAUGGCACAGAUCGCUUCCUGGAUGAUAUUGAAGUCAUGCUCAAAUGGCGACCUCCAGUGGUGUACAAGUAUCUCUGGAAAUAUGUGUGUUUACUGGCAAUGGUUGGCCUUCUGGUUGCCAGUUUCCUGCGCAUGGUCUUCAAAAGACCCACGUACACCGCCUGGGACCAGAACACAGCUUCUGAGACGACUCUGGAGUACCCGGCCUGGGCCCUGGUUAUGAUCGUCAUGCUCAUAGUCUUUGCCAGCUUACCCGUGCCUGUUGGCUACAUCCUUUCCACAAUAAAAAACCGCAGGCUCCGUAACACUGUCUCCGAGGAGGGACCCGACCAGGAGAUGCACCGUGAGAUGUACAGCAAAUGUAACUCCAGUGAUCAGCUGGAUUACGUUUCUAAUCAAGUACGCCCUGAUGAAGACGAGGUUCGUCCCAGGACUGUCUUCCUGCCAGUGAGCAAUGAACACUACAGGCUCUUAUCCCAACAGGAAGAGGAGGAGGAUGACGAGCAGGAUACAGGAGUUUGAUCAGGCUGUUUAAGGGUUGUUUGAAAGGGACAACAUUUUUAAACCUCAGUGGAAAAACUGAGAUUCAAAAAAGAGAAAGCAGACUUAGCUGUGAAAAGUCAUUAAUGUUUUUAUUUGUUUUUUGGGGUUUUUUUAACAGAGGAAGUAUAUGUGUUAUAUAUUUGUAUUCAGCAAACACUAAGUUGUUGAUAAGACAAAGUUUAUUUCACCUACUUUAUGGAACUGGUGAGACAUCAGCAGUCAAAACGGCUCCUCCCAGUAUGCCGUCCAUCAGCUCCCUGAACCAAGUACAUGCUCCUCAGAAAAUAUAAAUACUUGGAAUUGUAUAAAUGGACUACUGUAUUCGGUGAAAAAGAGAAUAUAUGAAAGGUUUUACAUCAGAAAGAUGAUGAUAAAGAAAGAUGAUAAACGUGUCAAACCUGUUUUGACCAGCUUUAUGGUGAAAAGUGUAAUGUAGCCGCUGAUAAAAUAAGCUUUAUGAAAAGUAUUUUUUAGCUAAACAUGUUACAGUUUGCAAGAAAAACAUUUUACCUUGAGAGCGUGUGAUGUGAUUGUGUGACUGUGUGCUUGGAAACUUCUGUUGUGAAGUUUCAGUUUGGUUUUAAAAUAAAAAUGUGACAGUAAGAUAACUUUAUAUUUGUAUAAUUUUACCUCAUGAAACCAUAGCAGAUAUUUUAAAUGCAUUCAAGCUAAAUGAUUGUUGUAUCAGUGUUGAACAGUGCAUGAUGGGAACUUGAGAACUCCACAUGGCAGCAGCCACACCUAGUUUCCUAUGAUUACACAUUAACUCCUUUCAAUUUUUCUUUCAAUCUUUUUAUUCAUCAUUUUGUUUAGUGUCCCAGAAAUGGUAAAAUACUGUAAACUAUGUUGGGGGUUUGUGAUAAAGAUGUGAGCUGUUUUAAUUUUUUUAAAUAGGUGAUGGAUAAGACAUAGUAUUUUUGUGAUUAUCAGUUUGCAUGGUAAUUAAAAUAAAAGACUCAAGUUGACAGAGAAGAAAAACACCUCUGACACUGAAA